AUCGCUUUUGCAUCGCUCACGGAUGCACGCGCACGCGCUCUUUGCCUGUCUUGCCGCUCGCGCGUCGCUUUUCUUCUUUAUAUCCCCCCGGCCCCCUCCGUCCUCCGCGCGCGCCUGCAUUUUCCGUGUUGUUGCGCUUCGUGUAUUUUUUUCCUUUCGCUUGAUUUUUUAUCUCAAACUGGAAAGUUUGUGUUUUGUUUUGUUUGUUUUUAUUUGAGCGCGCGCGCGGCGGCGGAGAGACAAACCAACAAACAAGAAGAAGAACCAGAGCGCGGCUCUGCUCCCUGGCCGCCGCUGACCGGCCUGACACGGAUUAGGCGGCGGAUCUGAGCGCUAAUGAGAUCGCACCGGAGACGCGGCAGACAUGGAGUUUAGCAGCGCCGUGCUUGGGUUCGGGUUAGUUCUUCGUGCUGCUGCUGCUGUCACUGCUGCCACUGCUGCUGCCUGUCACUCGGACAUGGCGCUCUGAGAGUAACGGAGGCGCGCGCGCCUGAACCUGCUCUGCACACGGUUUUCUUUUCUUUUGCACGAGCUUCUGCAUGCUCACCUGUGCGUGUACUUGUCUUUCCCCGGUGUAUUUGUGGUUUGUUAAAGAGCGCGCGUGCGCGUUUGUGUGUGUGUACGCGUGCAUGUUGGAGUGGACUGUAACCUACUCUAACAUGAAGUACCAGAAAUACAUUACGGUUAUGCAGAUGGCUAUGGGAGUGACCGCGUCCAACAAAGACGAUUGCAUCCCUCCGAAAAGACAGCUGUGGGUGCCUCCCAGCUCCGACGCUGCCACCUCGUCCGGCGCGGUUCCCCCCGGGGUGGCAGUGAGCCAGGGGAAGCCGUCACUGCGUAGGAUCAAGGGACGAGUUCAUCGCAGCAAGAGCCUGGACAGCAUCGACUUGCUGGACUGCAAUAGUGCAGCGAUGGAGGAAACUGUUAUCUGGGAGCAGCACACAGUGACUCUUCACAGGGCUCCAGGAUUUGGAUUCGGCAUUGCCAUCUCUGGAGGACGAGAUAACCCUCAUUUCCAGAGCGGAGAGACCUCCAUUGUCAUCUCUGAUGUUCUGAAAGGAGGUCCAGCAGAAGGGCUUCUGCAUGAGAACGACCGGGUGGUGAUGGUGAACGCGGUCUCGAUGGAUAACGUGGAACACGCCUACGCCGUUCAGCAGCUCAGGAAGAGCGGCAAAAAUGCCAAAAUUACCAUUCGCCGUAAACGUAAAGUUCAGAUCCCGGCGGCUCGAGCAGGAGACAGGGAGACCAUGUCCGAGCGUGAGGAGGAUACAGAGGACGAAGAACUUGCGAGGCCAGGAGCCGGAGCCAGUGUAGGGACGAGCAGACGCAACGAUCGGAGUGCCAGCCUGGGAAGGAGGGAACAGAGCGUGUCCCCGCGCUCCGACAGACGCUCGGUGACCUCCGGCGUCCAGCCACGACCCAACGUCACACUGGUCAAAUCACGCAAAAGCGAAGAAUACGGCCUGAGAUUGGCCAGCCACAUUUUUGUGAAGGACAUCACACCUGAAAGCCUGGCAGCACGAGACGGGAACAUACAGGAGGGAGACGUUGUGCUGAAGAUCAAUGGCACCGUGACGGAGAACCUGUCCCUGACAGACGCUAAGAAACUGAUCGAGCGCUCGAAAGGCAAGCUGAAAAUGGUGGUGCAGCGAGACGAGAGAGCCACGCUCCUCAACGUUCCCGAUGUAGACGACAGCCUUCCUUCAGGCAACUCCGAACGAGACGAUAUUUCAGAAAUUCAUUCCCUCACCUCCGAUCAUUCCCACGAACAGCUGCGUAACAGCCAUUCUCGAUCACCAGACAAGCGAUCUGAUCCAUCCGAUAUCUCCGGCCAGUCGCCUCAACUGAUCAGCAACGGAAGUCACAGGAGUCGGGAUGAGGAACGGAUCUCGAAGCCACCUGUUGUGUCCACUCCCGUGAAGAUGGUGGAAGACGCGUUGCUCGUCCCUGACAGUGAGGACACCGACAAGCAGAUUCCUCCACUGCCAGAGCCGAAGCCAGUAUACGCUCAACCCGGACAGCCGGACGUAGAUUUGCCCGUCAGUCCCUCCGAUGCCCCCGUACCCAAUGCUGCACAUGAUGACAGCAUCCUGCGACCCAGUAUGAAGCUGGUGAAAUUUAGGAAAGGAGAGAGUGUGGGUCUCAGGCUGGCAGGAGGAAAUGAUGUGGGGAUCUUCGUGGCCGGUGUUUUGGAGGACAGUCCUGCUGCUAAAGAGGGUCUGGAGGAGGGAGAUCAGAUACUCAGGGUAAACAACGUCGACUUUGCCAACAUUAUCCGUGAGGAGGCAGUGUUGUUUCUGCUGGACUUGCCCCGGGGAGAAGAGGUCACCAUCCUGGCCCAGAGGAAGAAGGACGUGUACCGGCGGAUCGUCGAGUCCGACGUGGGCGACUCGUUCUACAUUCGCACCCAUUUCGAGUACGAAAAAGAGUCUCCAUAUGGCCUGAGCUUUAACAAGGGUGAAGUUUUCCGGGUGGUGGACACACUAUACAACGGCAAGCUGGGCUCCUGGCUCGCCAUCCGCAUCGGCAAGAACCACCAGGAGGUGGAGAGGGGCAUCAUCCCCAACAAGAACAGGGCCGAGCAGUUGUCCAGCGUUCAGUAUACUCUUCCCAAAACACCGGGUGGAGAUCGUGAUUUCUGGAGGUUCCGUGGACUUCGCAGCUCCAAGAGGAACCUGAGGAAAAGCCGGGAGGACAUAUCCGCUCAGCCAGUGCAGACAAAAUUCCCUGCAUAUGAAAGAGUUGUCCUGAGGGAAGCCGGGUUCCUGAGGCCCGUCGUGGUCUUCGGGCCCAUCGCCGACGUCGCCCGAGAGAAACUGGCGAGAGAGGUGCCUGAUCUGUUUGAGCUAGCCAAAACACAGCGCCCUGGAGAAGGGGAAAAAAGCGAGCCCCGAGACGCAGGAACGGACCAGCGCAGCUCUGGAAUUAUUCGCCUUCACACUAUCAAGCAGAUCAUCGAUAAGGACAAACAUGCUGUGCUAGACAUCACACCCAAUGCUGUGGACAGGCUGAACUAUGCUCAGUGGUACCCCAUCGUGGUGUUCCUGAACCCUGACAGUAAGCAGGGCGUGAAGAACAUGAGGACAAGGCUGUGCCCCGAGUCCAGGAAGAGCGCUCGGAAGCUGUAUGAACGAGCCCUUAAACUGAGGAAGAAUAACCACCACCUGUUUACCGCCACAAUAAAUAUGAACAACAUGAAUGAAGGCUGGUAUGGAGCGCUGAAGGAGACGAUCCAGCAGCAGCAGAAUCAGCUGGUCUGGGUUUCUGAGGGCAAGGCGGAUGGGGCGUCUGAAGACGAUCUGGACAUUCAUGAUGACCGGCUGUCGUACCUGUCAGCCCCUGGUAGCGAGUACAGCAUGUACAGCACGGACAGCCGCCAUACCUCCGACUACGAGGACACGGACACAGAGGGUGGAACCUACACGGACCAUGAGCUGGACGAGCCACUGAAUGACGAGCCUUUAAAUGACGACGGGGUGCCGCACCAUGGUCCGGCCAUCAGUCGAUCCUCAGAGCCUGUUAUCGAACAGCCUCCACCCAGCUACGAUGCUCUCGCACGCAUUGAACCGGCCACCUUCAAAAACACGCCCAUGUCACAUCAGAAAGCAGAGCCCGCUCUUCCCGAGCCAGCGCCCCCUGCUGCCCACCUUAAUGUAGCGCUUCUGAGUUCGGAGGGCAGCACCGGACCGGGGGCGGCCAUCUUGCCCCCGGCUCCUGAGCCCAGCCAAUCAGAGCCCAAGCAGAUGUACCAGACGGAGAUCUACAAUGACAAACCAGCAGCACGUGCAAGCCCCGGGUUAACGCAGCAUCCUGUUUACAACUCCCAGCAGCCCCUUUACCAGGAAGAGAUGGCAUACAGAGAUUACGAUCACCAGCCGUAUCAUUACGAUGGUCCUUACGGAGACGCCAAGUCUCGCAACUAUGACUCGAACUCACAAGAGCAGUGGCCAGGAUACGAAAGGCAGGUUGAUUACAGCCCAGCACGACCGCGCUACGGGAAGCCGGCCCCCUCGCCUGUCCGGCAUGAUGAAGACCUGCCCACUCGUUACGACCUGGAACCCCUCCCUCCUCCUGCAUCUCGCUCUCCAGAACAGUAUUACGAUGCUGCGCCUCUUCCGAAGCACACUCAGCCUAAAGGGUACGUGAACCCGGACACCCCACCCCCACCCAAAGUUGAGCCCCUCCCAGCAGAGGCGGAGACAAUCAACAAGCCCCUCCCACCCCCACCACCAGAGGCAGGGGAAGACCCGGCGCUGAAGCCACAGUCGGUGCUGACGCGAGUGAAAAUGUUUGAAAACAAGCGCUCCGUGUCAGUGGACCGCGCCAAAGAGAACAGCGACACCACACUAAAGUCAGUGGACAUGGUCCCUAAACCAGGAGCAGCCUCUGUGCCCAAAGCGAACUCUCUGAACAGCCUUGAUCAAGAGAAGACCUUCAGAGCCCCUGAGCCUCAGCAGCCCCAGUCGAGACCCAGCGAAAUCGUUCGGGCCAAUCAUUACGACCCCGACGAGGAUGAGGAGUACUACAGGAAGCAGCUGUCCUAUUUCGAUCGUCGCAGCUUUGACACCAAGCCUCCCACACAAACACAACCACAACCACAACCUGUGAGCAAACCAGCACAACUCCCCCCCCAGCCGGUGAACAGCUACCCCAGGACUGAGCCACAGGAGAAGGUUAGUCCUGUUCCCCAGGUAACCCCAGUUGCUCCACCUCCUACUCUACCCAAACCUGCUGCUCCAACACCACCUCUAGAACCCCUCAACUCUCCCAAAGUCAAGCCCCUGGGUCGUGAGGAAACGGUGCAAAGCUCCUACCUUCCCCAAAAGACUUUCCCUGAGAAAUCUCCUGUGAAUGGCAUGGUGCUCCUCUGCCCUCCAGCUACACGCUACAACAUCCCCAAACCUUACACGGCCUCGGCACGGCCCUUCGAGCGCAAAUUCGACAGCCCCAAGUUUAACCACAAUCUCCUGCCCAAUGACAUGACUGUCAAAGUACCGUCGAGCAGCCCAGCUAAAACACACACGCAGCCCACAGAUCAGGAUGGCAGCAUUGACACGUUCCCACGCGCACCAAAGUACCAGAACAACAACAUCAACGCCGUACCCAAGGCCAUCCCUGUCAGCCCCAGCGCUCUGGAGGAUGAUGAUGAUGAAGAUAUGCACACGGUUGUCGCCACGGCGCGAGGCAUCUUCAACUCGAACGGCGGGGUUUUGAGUUCCAUAGAGACAGGCGUGAGCAUCAUCAUACCCCAGGGGGCAAUUCCCGAGGGUGUUGAGCAGGAGAUCUAUUUCAAAGUGUGCCGGGACAACAGCAUUCUGCCACCACUCGACAAGGAGAAAGGUGAAACCCUCCUGAGCCCCCUGGUGAUGUGUGGUCCACAUGGUCUGAAGUUCCAGAAGCCGGUGGAGCUGCGUCUUCCUCACUGUGCGUCUAUGACUCCUGAUGGUUGGUCUUUUGCUCUAAAAUCCUCCGACUCCUCGUCGGGUGACCCCAAGAACUGGCAGAAUAAAUCUCUUCCUGGAGAUCCAAACUACUUGGUUGGAGCAAACUGCGUGUCUGUGCUUAUCGACCACUUCUGAGGGGGAAACCUGUUACUUAGAGAGAGACACACACACACACACACACACACACACACACACACACACACACACUGCCAUUAGUGAAGUGAGCUCUUUAACAAUUUGAAAAUGAAAAAAUGAAGGAUGUCUGCAUUUUAUUUUUUAUAAUAUUUAGAUCCAGAGACAAUAUGAUGUAAUCUAAAGUACUGUUUCUCUUUUUCAUCUUUUCUUUCCUCCUCUUUCUCAUUUAUCUCCUCGUUGGACUGCACACAAAAACGCACUCUUCCCCCAGGAUUUACAAGAUCUGCUCCUAUUACCUGUCCCAUAUGCCCACCGCAGUAUUUAGAGUGACUGUAAUAUAUGAAGAAGGUGAUCGAGCUUUUAGUAAAGUGAGAUGCACACACACACACACACACACACACACACACACACACACACACACAGUAAGUGUUGAGGGAUGAGAGGAAGUGUAGAAAUAAAACACAGUAACACAGAAGAGAAGGGCUGUGACUUAGAGAUUAGAAAUAAGUAAAGAAACCGUAUGUGAAAUAAAGCACAGAACGUUGAUGUGAA